ACUUGGACGACACGCUGAAAGCGACGGCUAAGGAAAACAGAGCGCUGCGGGCUUGGGGAAAAGGAGAUGGUUGGUUGUCGGUACAUUCGACCGGCAGCUUUCGAUCAGCCAUAUUCCUGGGAAGAGACGCCCGUAAAAAUCCGCAGUGCUAGUCGAUGAUCUUCCAAUCCAUAGGAUCCCAAACACAGGCGGCGAGAUAAAUUUGUAUGCGAACAAGCAACGUUACGGGAACGGGGAAGAAGAGAAAGACGUUGUGGAGAAGGGAUCCUACGAGGGGGACCGCAAAAUGCCGAUUGAUUUUUACUACUUCCCGCUCAGUCCACCGAGUCGGUCGGUUAUGUUGCUCGCAAAAGCGAUCGGUGUUCACCUGAACUUGAAGACGGUCAAUGUGCUAAAAGGGGAGCACAUGAAGCCGUCCUUUAUAAAGAUAAAUCCACAGCACAUGAUACCAACCAUAGUUGAUAACGGAUUCAUUUUAUGUGAAAGCCGGCCGAUCAUGGGAUAUUUAGUCAGCAAGUAUGCGAAAAAUGACUCAUUGUACCCCAAAGAUUCGAAAAAGAGAGCCAAAGUGGACGAAAUGCUAUUCUUCGACAAUGGGACACUCUACCCGAAUAUACUGAAAUGUUAUCCUCCUGUCAUGUUGGGUGUAAAGAACUCCAUUGAGGAAAGUGAAGUGCGAGCAGUAGAGAAAUCCUGUGAAAGAUUGAACAUUUUCCUUGAAGGCAAUGAGUUCGUUGCAGGGGAUGCACUAACGAUUGCUGAUAUCUCUAUCAGUACAUCUAUUAUAUUUUUACAGUGUUUCAGCUUCGAUAUUGGCAGGUAUGACAACGUGGCAGCGUGGUUCAAUCGUUGCAAAGAGCACCUCGAUAAAUUCGGGUUCGAAGAAGUGCACGCUGAAGGAACGAAACAGUUUACCGAGUGGUAUCAGCAGAAUUUAUUGGGGCCCAGUUAACGCCGAUACCCUAGCUGUUGUAAAACCAUAGCGAUCGAUAAUGGUUCACCGGUGAUCGAGAUAAAACGUGAAACCCGCAGUUCCUGUAAUAGGACUAUCUCGCAUAAAAUCUAAUUUACAAGUCAGCUCGUUACAAAUCGUUAUCGUCCUUUUGAAUUAAACUUUAACGUGAUUCGCAUAGGAUAUAAUCAACUCUUUAUUUGCCUGUGUCACUUUGAAGUCAUAUAUUAAUAUAUUGGCAUCUUGCUGAUUUAUUUCACUCUGCAUAGCAAAAUAACAAAUAGAAUUAAGUAAUUAACCAGUUAAAUGUAGAAUUUAGUUUGAAAAAUCUCUCAUUGCGCACGCAAUAAAAUUAAAUAAUAAAGU